UAUCAAAUUCAAAUAUCCGAAUUCUCGAAGUGCUUAUCCGGAUAUGCCGCUGCAGCAGUUUUGAUUGUGGCGAUGGGAGCGACGAGUUCCAAGUAUGUGCACUCGAGCAACGACUACGAGCUCGUGAUCAAGUGCUCGAAAGAGCUGGAGUACAUCUUGGAGUGUGAGUUCGGUGCGACGGGCAAAGGUCUCCACGAGAAAAUCACAGCAGUCAGCGGGAGCUUGUCGCCACAACUGGUCAAGCAAAUGCGAUUUCUCGCAACCAUUCGCAACAAGCUCAUUCACGAGCGUGGAUUCGACCGCAUACCCGAUCGUGGCCACUUUAUUUCGCAGUUUGAAGCGGCAGCCGGGGAAUUGGAGGCGCUCGUGUCUGCGCGACACGGCGGCACUUCGUCCAAUUGUAGUGUCAUGUAGUAGUGAGCCUAAAAUUGUAACAGCCUCGAGAAAUCCGGAUAUAUCCGGAUUGCACCCCUUCGCUCUUGU